AUGCUAGCCGCGAUAGCAGCCAUCACGACCGUCACCGCCCAAAACGCCACGCUCCGGUACAUGCCGUUCGGCGACUCUAUCACUGAGAUCAUCUGCUGGCGGUCCAAGCUGUGGAACAAGCUGCAGACGACUGAGUGGGCAAAGGUCGACUUUGUGGGGUCGGGCAAGGGCGAGAACAACUGCCGCGACACCAAGUACGACUACAAUAACGAGGGCCACUCGGGCUUCCUGGCCAUCAACAUUGCCAACCAGAAGCAGCUAGUCGGCUGGCUGCAAAAGAACCCGGCCGAUGUGAUCACGAUGCACCUGGGCACCAACGACAUUGUGCAGCAGAACAAGAACAUUGCCGACAUCACAGCCGCCUUUACCACGCUCGUCCAGCAGAUGCGCGACCAUAACCCACGCAUCAAGAUUGUCGUUGCACAAAUCAUUCCCCUCGGCAUGGGCAACUACAACUCCAAGGUGCAGCAGCUCAACGCCGCCAUCCCCGGCUGGGCGGCGCAGCAGAACAAGACCGAGUCGCCCAUCUGGGUCGUCGAUCAGUAUACGGGCUACAGCGGGACUAGUGACAACCGCGACGGCGUGCAUCCCAACGACAGCGGUGAUACCAAGAUGAUGAAUAUUUGGUACCCGGCGCUCGUCAAGGCGUUUGAAGCGGCGCGGGCCGACAAGCAGCAACUGUUUUGA